CCAAAAACCCCCAGAGGAUCGUCGCCGUCUUUUGAUUCCUCCACCACUAGUCUCCAUGUGACGGCGCUGGACAGGCUAGUGAACGUGAACUUGCUGUUUACACCUGGGUUUGUCCUUGACUACACCUGGGCAACACAGCCUCAGGAACCCCUCCGCCUACGAUGCCGGUAUCGACAUGGUGAAGAAGCUUCUGAUCUUUGAAGUCAUCUUUUUCAACUUCUUCCUUUUCUCCUUGCUUGUCUCCCAAGGCCUAAAGCUUGCCAUCACUUUGCUUAACAGCAACGAUGUGGAUAAAGUGUUCCGGGCCACCAUUAACCAGAAGGUGUUGAGGCUCGAGGUGAUGGGAUCUGUUGUGGGGUCGGUGAUGGGGUGCAUUUUCUUAGUUCUCUCGAUGGUGCAUGUCAUCGAGAUCUGGUUAAGGGUGCUGUCGUAUGGGAGCAAGCCGACAAUUCAUGUCGUCGGAGCUUUGGUCCUUCUGGUUUCCUCUGCUCUUCCGGUUUAUAUUUCCACUAAUUUUUAUGCUUUCAUGCACUGAGAAAACUAAAUGGCACUCAUCCAUAAAUUACUUCUACUUCCACUUUCAUAAAAUUGUAAAUUUGUUUAUGGUUUUUGUGCUUUUUUUUUUUUUUUCAAAUUGAGCUUCUUAAUUAUAAAGGUUAAAAAAUACU